UGUUAUUGUUUGAUUCAAUCUAUCUGUUAGUUUAUUUACUGGCUAGCAAACUAGCUAGCUGAGUGUGCUAGUCGAUCAACAAGCCAGCUGAAGAAUGUCAGACUAUGAUGAAGAUGAAGUGCUGAAAGCGGAGUCUGAGGAAGAGAAAGUGCAGCGAGAAAGGGAGGAUGAUUUUGGAAAGAAUGAAAAUGAGAUUUUAACACAAGAAGACCAGAUUGAGCCCUGUCCACUAACCCAAGACAUCUUAGCCAAAGGCUUAUCCUUAUUGUGUCGCACUGGAAAUGGCCUGGCCCAUGCCUAUGUCAGACUUGACCUUAAAAACAAGGGUCUGACGGACUUGGCCUUGGUCAGCUCCUUUGUCCAUCUGCGCUACUUGGACAUCUCCUCUAAUCAUUUGUCAGACCUCUCUCCAUUGGCUGCCCUCACCCAGCUGCUUUGGGUGAAGGGAGAUGGUAACCUGAUUGAAAGGUUCGAUGGAGAGAUGUUUGGCCAGCUUAAUUACCUACAGUGGCUCAGCCUUGCAAGCAACCGUAUAUGUGAUGUGAAGGGAUUUGGAGGUCCAGCACUGGAGAGCCUUAAUCUCAUUGGUAAUGGUAUUCAGACCAUGCAAGGUUUGGAAUAUCACAACCUGACCAAUCUGGUGACUCUUGAGCUUAGAGGAAAUCUAUUGGAAACUACAGAUGGCAUUUACCUCCCCAACUUACGUCACUUGUACCUGGCUCAGAACAACAUAGCGCGAUUGGAGGGUCUGGAGAAGCUUGAGCAACUAAACACGCUUCACCUCAGAGAUAACCAGUUAGAAAUGCUGGAUGGAAUCAGCCCCAAGCUGAAAUGUCUCCACUAUCUUAAUAUCAGGGGUAACUUUAUAUCUUCUCAGAAGGCUUUGCAAACUCUAGUGAGUGUGGGGCAAACACUGAGGACCCUUGUGCUUUUGGACAACCCUUUAGGAAAGAAUGGGGAUUACAGGCUCUAUGUGAUCUCACAUCUCCCCCAACUGGAGCGACUGGAUAAGGAUCCCAUCACUGAAGGAGAGAGGUCUGAGGCUCUGGAGAAACUCAAGGAAUUACAGGAUGAGGAUCAAGAAGAUAACUGAAAUCACAGCCUCCUCCAAAAUGCAAUUAUGUGCGAGUUACCCAUGUCAUGGGCACUGACACACCCCUGGCACGUACAGACAUUGGCUUUUGGACCUGAUGCUAAUAACAGCUUGGAUGGUCCUUUUCCUCUUUGGCCCGGAGAACAUGACGGGUGUGUUUUUCAAAAACUUUUUGAAAUGUGGACUCUUCGGACCAAAAAACAGUCCCACUGUUCUACUUUCCAUCUACGAUGAGACCGAGCCCAGAGAAGGUGGCAGCGCUUCUGGACAGUGUUGAUGUAUGGCUUCUGCUUUGCAUAUUAAAGUCUUAACUUGCAUCUGUUAAUGCAGCGGCAAGUGGUGUUGACUAACAAAGGUUUACUAAAGUUAUCCCAAGCCCAUGUUCAUGAUAUCCAUUACAGAUGAAUGAUGUUUUUUAAGACAGUGACAUCUGAGGGAUCAGAGAUCACGUGCAUUCAGAAGUUGUUUUCGUCUUGCCCUUUACGCACCGAGAUUUGACCAGAUUCCCUGAAUCUUUUAACUAUAUUGUGCACUGUAGAGGGUGAAAUGCCCAAAAUCCUUCCAAUUUGUCUUUGGGGAACAUUGUUCUCAAAGUGCUGGAUUGUUUACUGCAACAUCUCUUGGCAAAUUGACAAGUCUUGAACGAUCCAUGCUCUUGAAGGACUAGGCUGUUUUUGGAGGCUCCUUAUAUACUAUGACACAGUUGCUUCACCUGUUUAACAUCUCCUGUUUCACAUUACCUUGUUAUUUCAACUCGUCAAAUUGUUAUUAGUCUUAAAUUGCCCCUGUCUCAACUUUUUGGAGCGUGUUGCAAUCAUCUGAUUUGA